ACUGCUGACUGAACGAGACAUAGCAAAAAACAGCCACAUUGGGUGACUUGCUCACGCAGUCUAGCAUUGCACAACGCACUCGACGUGCGAAUCGCUGGCGGAUGUGGCGGCCAGCGGCGCCGCGCAUGCAUGAGGUGAAGGCUUCCGUUCAGAUGCUCAAGGCCACGUUUCUCAGUGACCGUGUAACUUAGAGCGCGUGCACAACACUCUCUUCUGAACCGCCGCCGACAGGGCAGCGUUCUACGAAAGUGACGGCAGCAUUGAUACUGAACCCGCGUGACGCCGUCGACAGUGCCUCUAGGACGCUUUCGGCUUUAUGAAACAUGUUUCAGUGGGCUUCCAAUAGCGUUGUCAUCAAUCUACUGGUCUUCCUCAUUUUAUCACAAGCAAGCUUCAAAUAUGUCAAUGCAAAGCCCCGGCAAGAGGAGCAAGAUGAAACAGUGGUUACCAUAGACGACAUUCAACGCUUGGGCGAGGCCCGGAUGGAUACUGCCACCAGGAGCUACAUCGCCAGUGGGGCAGAACGAGAGCAGACCCUGAAGGAAAACACAGCAGCAUUCUCAAGGUUGCGCUUCAAACCAAGGAGUCUUGUGGAUGUUUCCAGCAUUCAAACGGGCACUACAGUGUUAGGCCACAGGAUAUCUUUUCCUGUGGGUUUCUCACCUUCUGCUGCACAUAUGAUUGCGCACAAAGAUGGAGAGUUUGGAACUGCACAAGCGGCUCGGGACGCCGGCACCUUGAUGAUUGUGAGUGCCAUGAGCACAGCCACGAUGGAAGAUAUCAGAGCGAGUGCACCAGAGUGUCUUCUAUGGCAGCAGAUGUACAUCUUCAAGAACCGUUCCUUGACCGAGUCCAUGAUCAGGAGGGCGGAGCAUCAGGGCUUUGGUGCCAUUGUGGUCACCGUGGACUCACCCGUAACUGGACAGGCUGUCAGCCUUGGCAAGCAUAUGUUUGUUCUUCCUGAUGGCCUCAGGUUUGCAAAUCUGGAAGCCUCAUCACCUGGCAGCUCAUUCACGUUCGAUCCUUCCAAGGAAGGCUUCAUAGGAAACCUGUUGUCAUCAUCAGCAACGUGGGAUGAUUUCCGAUGGCUGCGUACCAUUACGACGCUUCCUCUUGUAGCAAAAGGUGUCCUGACAGCUGAAUCGGCACUCUCUGCUUACCACAACGGUGCGUCGGCUGUGCUGGUUUCCAAUCAUGGAGCACGGCAGCUUGACGGAGACCCUGCGACGAUCGAGGCCUUACCAGAAGUGGUUGCUGCAGUUGGUGAUCGCAUGGAAAUCUACCUCGACGGUGGCGUGCGAUCUGGAGCCGAUGCUGUGAAGGCCGUUAGCAUUGGUGCCCGUGCAGUGUUCGUCGGCAGGCCUGUGCUCUGGGGCCUCGCUUACAAUGGAAAAAAAGGUGCCGACAAGGUCCUGGAUAUCCUCAGGAGUGAAUUCAACCGCACGAUUCAGCUACUUGGAGUCCCGGAUGCCAAUAAUUUGUGCACUGACUUUGUCGUUCGCGAGCCCUACUACUCUGAACCACUCCACCGCAACUGCCAACCGACACAUCUCUGGAGUGAUUUUGUCCCGCACAAGGUUACGAAGUAGUAUUCACAAGUAUUCACGACACUAUCACUCCCGUAGCAUGAGACCAUGCUUCGACACUUCCAUUCUUCAUUUUCAUUGUCAGCCAAACAAUAAAAGUGAUUCACUUCUUUUAU